AUGACUUUCCGUGAAACAGCCAAAGUAAUCGCGUACCAAAAUAAACCAGCUAUGGAAUUCGUAUCGGCAGCGCUCACCUUCGGUCGACAAGCAAGAAUUGGCCAUAUGACGGCGGAAAAGGCAGCCGAGAACGUUAUAAACUAUUGGAACAAACUGGCAAAGGAUGCAAAAGACUAUCUGCUUGGCAAGUUUCCUGCACUCAAAGAAAUUUCGAGUUUUACCUCGUAA